CUUCAUGGCCCCCUGGUGGAUGUCUGAAUGUGUGUGAGAGCAUGCCAACAGAGACCCAUGAAGCAUUUAAACUGCAGGUUAGCAAAGAAGAGCACAACGCAUCCUAAUAGCUGCAGAUAGUAACAGCUUGAUCUCAGCCGUGUUGAACUAGAAGACUCGGAAUAAACCUACCUGGCAGUACCAUUUGGAGAGCAGGAUUACAGCGACAAGGGAUUGAUAAAGCGAUGCUGGCCAGCCUGAAAGUCAAGAAACAGGAGCUUUCUAACUCUUCGGAAGCUAUGCCAGAUCGCCCCCUCUCUCCGCCAGCCACCGCUCCCCCAACUAUGAAGGAUUCAGUACGAAAUGACGGCGCUGGGGAUCCCGGCGAUCAGAAGACCGAUUCCGGGAUCCUGGACUUUGGAAAGCUGACAGGGUCAGCAGAGUUCUUUGAGAUGCUGGAAAGAAUGCAGGCUCCGAAAUUGGAAGAGCAGAAAUCUAGCAGCCAGAAAAAUAAGGAGGAUUACAUACCAUAUCCCAGCAUUGAUGAGAUUUUGGAGAAGGAGACUACUUAUCCACUGAUUAUCCUGCCUCAGUUUGGCGGAUACUGGAUAGAAGAUCCAGAAAAUAUAAGCACCCCAACAUCUUCAGACAGCAGUAUUUGUGAUGAGGAGGAAGAGCCGAUGAGUCCCAGCACGUACGGCUAUAAACUAGAAUAUAAAAGCUCAGCUCGGGCCUACAGAAAACAUUUUUUGGGAAAGGACCAUUUAAAUUUUUACUGCACUGGAAGCAGCCUGGGGAACCUGAUCCUUUCAAUUAAAUGUGAAGAGGCCGACAGCAUAGAAUAUUUACGAAUUAUUCUCAGGUCAAAAUCAAAAACUCUGCAUGAGCGAAUACCAUUGGCUGGAUUUAAUAAGCUUCCCAGCAUUCCCCAGAUUGCAAAGGCCUUAUGUGAUGAUGCCACUGGACUUAAAUUCAAUCCUGUCCUCUACCCCAAGGCUUCCCAAAUGAUUGUCACCUAUGAUGAACAUGAAAUCAAUAAUACUUUCAAGUUUGGUGUUAUAUAUCAAAAAUAUAAGCAAACAUUAGAGGAAGAAUUAUUUGGAAACAAUGAAGAAAGUGCUGCAUUUAAAGAGUUCUUGAGUUUACUUGGAGACACCGUCUUACUCCAGGAUUUCAAAGGGUUCCGAGGAGGACUGGAUGUAGCACAUGGUCAGACGGGGACAGAGUCCAUAUACACUGUAUUCAGAGACAAGGAGAUCAUGUUUCACGUGUCCACUAAGUUACCAUUUACAGAAGGAGAUACCCAGCAGCUGCAGAGGAAAAGACACAUUGGUAACGACAUAGUGGCUAUUGUGUUUCAAGAAGACAACACCCCUUUUGUCCCUGAUAUGAUUGCGUCCAACUUUCUGCAUGCAUAUAUUGUGGUGCAAGUGGAGAAUCCAGAGACAGAUUACACAACUUACAAGGUGUCGGUGACUGCAAGAGAAGAUGUGCCAUCUUUUGGGCCUCCUCUUCCAAAUCCUCCAGUGUUUCAAAAAAAUGCAGAGUUCUGUGAAUUUUUACUGACCAAGCUCAUCAAUGCUGAACAUGCCUGCUGCAAGUCUGACAAGUUUGCAAAGCUUGAGGACCGGACGAGAGCUGCUCUCUUGGACAAUCUUCAUGAUGACCUUCAUGUGCACACGCAAGCUAUGCUUGGCUUGGGCCCAGAUGAAGACAAGCUUGAGAAUGGAGCUCAUGGCGGGUUCUUGGAGUCCUUUAAAAGAGCAAUCCGAGUGCGUAGCCACUCAAUGGAAACCAUGGUGGGAAGUCAGAAAAAGCAUCAAUCAGCAGGAAUAUCUGGAAGCUUGAGUGGGGGCAUUGUGCAUACAACUGCGGAGAUCACAAAGACCACCUUCUCUCCUCCUGCAGUAGUGACCAAGACACAGUCUAAGAGCCCAAUAAAGCGGAGAUCAGGUCUCUUCCCUCGGCUGCACACAGGAACCGAAACCCAGCCAGACGGCCGACCACGCUGUGAUAGCAUGUCCGCCAUGCAGAAAAUCCCUGAUGGUGCGCAUUCGUCACAGGAUGUAAUAUCUGAAACCUCAUCGAAUCCCAGUUCCCCAGAGAUAUGUCCUAACAAAGAGAGACCGUACAUUAAACUUAAAGAAAAUGGGCGGUCCAAUAUUUCCCGCUCUUCGUCCAGUACGAGCAGUUUCAGCAGCACAGCUGGAGAGAGUGAAGCCAUAGAGGAAUAUGAGAGUGUGGGCAGCCAACCACUGACCGCAUCACCCAACAAACAGGAAGUUUUUGUCUACAGUUCGUCUCCUACGCUCGAGAACCAUACUUCCACUACCCCUGUAAUCAUGUGCAGGAGUCCCACAGAUUACUUCACCCAACAGAACAAGCACUGUGGCCCUGAACACCACCAGUCACCAAGAGAUAUAAAGAGUAGAAAUUCCCCAAGAUCCAACCUCAAAUUUCGUUUUGAUAAACUCAGCCAGUCAAGUUCCGGCUCAAGUACAUGAGCUGAUGUCCCAUUGAACUGGAACAACCAACUUUAAAACUGGCCUGUGAGGGUAUAUUCACUCCACGAAGUUACUGCCACAAUGCAUUCAUGGAAAUGUUUAAUUCCCAAGCUGUUCCCCGCAAAUCAACGAACGAACUGCGAUCUUAGUGCACUCCUUGUGUCCUGUGACACUUGUCUUGUGAACGGAGUCCAUCUUAUGACUGGUCUUGUCCGAUAGUGGAAUUAACGCUUCCCUGAUUUCUUUCGUUUUUAUCUACCUGAGACAUCCUACUUGCAAGCUCUUUCUACGCUACAGCACCUGAUCACCGAGUGCCAAGUUUGUUGUAAUCAUGAUUGAACUUCAAUGGAAAUCUUACCACAAUUCUGGGCAUUCUACCUAGGUGGUGCUUAACGUUUCAUACAGUGAUAUGACCAAAUGCUGCUGUUCCAUCCACCCAGAUUGUACCUGGAGAUCUUCCCAUGACAACAUCUGUCUCGUGUCUGCUGUACCAUCAUGCCAGUUGACGUGUAGAUGUCAUGGUUUCCACUCACAACAUGGCUGCAUGUACGUCAUUUUAUGCAAUGUAUGCACUCAGAUGUAAGUGAAUGUUGUAUUAGUAUGAAAAGUGAAAAUAGCUUUGUGAAAUAAUCCCAAACGCCAAUGUCCUUUGAUCUUAGAAAUUUGACACAAGCAAUUAUCAUCUAUUAAUACACAAUACUCUGUUAAAGCAUAGAUCAGAGAUUUCAAUGCCUGUUGCCUCUUUACCACGUUGAGCAGUCUCCUUGAAUGAGUAGGAAUUAAGUACAGUAAUACCAAUCAGUAUAGCUUUGUCUGCCCCUAAUUUCAUAGAAUACGGAACCACCUCUCUUUCUGUCUGUCAUAUUUAAAGUGUAAGAUUAUAUAACAGUGGGAAGUGCUUGUUUAUAAAGAUUAGGUCCAGACAUAUGGAUUGAGAAAGGAACAUUAAAUGGUAAAUACAUACUGAGCAGAUCUGAAGGUACAGUAUGAGAGCAAAUUAUGGUACAGCACUUUUUCUACCUCUAUAAGUAGUUCUGACAUUGGGGCCGAUUCAUACCUGAUCGCUGCUGUGCGUUUUCGCACAGCCGGCGAUCAGACACAAACUGCACAUGCGUAUGCACCACAAUACGCAGGGGCAUCGCACAGCUACAAAGCAGAUCGCUGCUUAGCGAUGGGUGUUUGCAAAAGAUCCAUUUGAACUCUCCAGAAAAGUUUUGGGUGGUGCUGCUCACUAUGCCAAGACAAAAUGCAGAGUUCUACUUACCGGGAGAGUUCCACUUCUCUGAUCAGUGGAUGUGCCCAAAGUCAUCGAUUGGCCAGUGCUUAUCUUUAUACUACGAUAACUGGCCUGUUUCACACAGGCACUUUUGCUUUGUCAAUGCUUUCACUUGUGAACUUCUGAUUUACAUCAGUUGUUUAAGACUUAAGGCUGGUAUACACGGGAGAGAUGUGUGCUGAGCGAACCGCUCAGCACACAUCUCUCCCGCCGCUCAACACAGCGCGAUGUGUGCUGAGCGAUGCAGGGGAGGACGGGGGGCUGCUCAUUUCACCCAGUGGGUGAAAUGAGCGACCGGCGAUAGCGAUGUGCGGGGCUGCGCAUCGCUAUCGCUGUGGGGGGUACACACGAGUGAUUUGUGCUUAAAAUCUAAGUAAUCUAGUCAGAUUGCUUAGAUUUUAAGCAGCAAUCGCUCCGUGAGUACCCCCCUUUAGGGCACCCCUGCAGAUCAGGUGAAUGGUGCAUUCCUGGUAAGUAAAAUCUUAUUUUAUCUUAAUAUAGUGAACUCCACCCAAAGCCACAUUGUAUGUUUUGGAAGAAGUUCUACUUAAUACAAUGGAAAGAACAUUGUAACAGUGUGAGUUUCUGCCAGGUAACAUAAGUAAUGGCCCCCAUACAUCUGCAGCCCCGUUUCCCCAAUCUGCCGCCACCACAAUCCACAGUCCGCAUCCACCGAUCGGCGGCUAGAGAUGAUCAGUGAUCCAUCGGGAAUCAGGGAAAUGAAACAUGUUUAAUAUUCCUGAUUCCCCAACCUGACCAUUGGGGUAGUGGGACAGUUGCCCCUUUAUAUGUUGAAUGUAUGGGGGCCAUAACUUGAAUAAUACAUAGACAUGCUUACUAAGAUAAGCGGUUUCUCUCAGUUUGCAGGUCCUACACUCUCUUUCCUCUAUAUUUCCCUUCACCAUUGCAGGUCUUUCCUUCACUUGGUAAAUAAUACAUAGUAAGUACGGUACUUUGCAAGGUAGCCAUUAUAAAAAUACCUGGCAUUGAUGAAUAGGCUCUUUGGUAUGGCAGUCUUUUCAGUUCAGAUGAAGAUGGCAGGAACUAUCUAUUUCAUGUGAUCGGAGGUUCCAAUCCUUGGCCUAACUGCAAGAGACAACCUGUACAAGAUGAUCGGUGGUGUUAUUUUCCGCCCCCAUAGAAUACAGUGUAUUUGUAACUUGACCCAAAUGGUUUCUUCUAUCAGUUAUGAAAUAGCUGAUGUACAGCAGUGAUAUGGGAUGAAAGAUACUGCAUGUACUGUAGUACCUAAGCUGACAGCUAUACUGAUUUAUAGCUCCUCUGAAGAAAACAGGAGCUACCCUAUUCGCCUAGACAGUGACGCACUGUUCCUUUUCUGGUACUAAAUUAUUUAAAAUGUAUCUCUGUACAUUGAUAAUAUAACCCAUUAGUAUUAGUUCUCAUUAACAAUGCAAUCUCUUUAUAAAGCCAAGUUAAUCACUUGCAAAUACUUAAGCAGGAAAGGAGACCCAAUAUAUUUUGUUGUUGUUGAGCGCCCUCUUCUGGUGGUGGGAAGAAGUGGAAGCAUCGGAAUACACAUCUGAUUUUUUUAUACUAUUGCAAUGCACAAGUGAUCUUAAUAUUAAUAUAUGUAUAAACUCCUGUAAAUAAUAUGUAUAAACAGCUAGUUCUGAUGUCAUCACUUCAGUGCUCAUUAGGAAACUUGUAUAUUAUAAUGAAUAAUGCACCCCUUAUUUUAAAUUAUAUUGGAUAUAAAAAGUCAACACUGAUUUUGUGACAUGUUUAAAAGGAUUCAGCCUACAGUCUCAUGCUUUUAUAUGGCCAGAGAACUUCUCUGUGUCUAAUAUCUAUAUAACUUAUAGUAGUGAAUGCAUCAUUUCAUAAUGAUUGUCCUAUAUUCUACUACCGAAUAUAUGGCAUUAAUUCCAUACAUCUGCUGCCAGCUGGUUUCUUCUGUACUGAUGUGACAACCUGAUUCUAUAGUACCUACACUUCAUGUGUCUUAUAGAGGUGAACAGUGCAGGUUUCUGCCUCAGUUGUCAUGUAUGGUGUGAGUACCUGCAAUGACUCCAUUUGUCUGUGUGACAUAUUAUUCGUAUUUACUGUAUAUUACAGAAGUGACUAGAUUUUCAUUUGUAUAUUAAUUACACAGGUUAUGUGGCUGGCUAGCUUCAAGACUCCAUUUCACCUGGUUUUAAUCAGCCACAGAACCUGUGUAAUUAAUGUGUCCUGAAUUAAAGGGAUGAGGUGGUAACCCUAACAGUAAGUCAUUAUAUCUGUCAUAAGAUUAUUAUUAGGCUAGCAGGACAUACUCCGUUUUCUCACCCUUUUUAAUUGGCAUCAAAAGUCCGUACCAAAGACUUGUGUGUCCCAUGCAUAUGUGUACUAUAACAUCAUUAAAUGGAAGCAAGCUUA